CUGUUGGUGAAAAUCAGCUGAGCGAUUCAAUUCUAGCUGGUUGCAUCUUUGGAUAUUAGCAUGACUUUUCUGUCCUGUCCUGCGCUCAACUCUUCUCGUCUUUGAACUGUCAAUCUAUCCAGAUAAUUCUACAAUUGUUUAUUUGGCACGAGAUCUUUCGAUCUGUCGACCAUCCUGUUUUGCUGCAGAGGACAGAUGCUGAGCAUGCCGGGACAUGACUGAGGUCAGACUGAUGGAUCCUGAAGAAGCUGAGCUGCAAAAUGACUACCGUUACCGUAGUUAUGGAGCUGUCAUUGAAAAGGCACUGCGAAACUUUGAAUCAUCCAGUGAAUGGGCUGAUCUCAUCUCCUCACUCGGAAAACUCAACAAGGCUCUCCAGAGUAAUCUGAAGUACUCACUGUUACCACGACGGUUGAUCAUUGGGAAGCGUCUGGCUCAGUGUUUGCACCCUGCCCUGCCCAGCGGUGUCCACCUCAAAGCACUGGAGACCUAUGAGGUCAUUUUUAAAAUCAUCGGCACAAAGUGGCUAGCAAAGGAUCUCUUCAUUUACAGCUCAGGGCUGUUUCCAUUGUUGGGUCAUGCAGCGAUGUCAGUGAAGCCAGUUCUUUUGACAUUGUACGAGCGGUACUUCCUGCCUCUUCAGAGAGCGCUGUUACCCAGCCUGCAAGCUUUUAUCAUGGGCCUACUGCCUGGACUGGAGGAGGGCGCAGAGGUCUAUGACAGGACGGAUGCAUUGCUUGUGAAGUUGUCAAUGUUGGUGGGUCAGUCUGUGUUUUACGGGGCACUGUGGGGUUCAGUGCUUAUAUGUCCUCUGGUACGACUCCCUGCCUCCCUCUUCAUCGUCACACACUUUAACCACUCGAUCACUGGCCAGGAACAGAAGUAUAUGCUUGGGACAGACCACAAACUAGUGGUCAAGGCCAUGUGUCUUGCUCUCCAAGACUCUAAUGUUCUGGUCCAGAGAAACAUGCUGGAAAUGCUUCUCUACUUCUUCCCCUUCACAUCCUGCCUGGAUCCUGUGGAAAGUGCCAUUCCUCUAAAGCAAGAUGAGAUGAUCAGUGUGAUGUCUGCUGCUUUACUCACCCUGCUUAGGAGAGAUAUGUCACUAAAUCGACGCCUCUAUGCUUGGAUGCUCGGCUUGGACAUCAAAGGAGGAAUGGUGACUGCAGACACAAGUCACUAUAACACUGUUGAAGAAUACACAGCGUUCUUUUUCAACACACACUCCAGGGAAUUACUGGUGCAGGCACUGGUGAAUGUUCUGAAGCAGAAAGAUAUAGAGGCCAACCCAAGCAAUGUAAUAGAUUAUCUCAGACCAUUUCGCAUCAUCAUUAGCUUACUGGACAAAUCUGAGAUAGGGCCAUUGGUGUUGUCUGAUGUGUUGUUGGAGGUGGUCAGAGCUUUUUACAGCUACUGUAAAGUAAUGCUGGGAGAGGACAUGCUCAACAGCAGCCUCAGUGGCAGCCAACUCAACAGUAAAAUCAAGGAGAAUAAAAACUCUUCAGAGAUUAUUAAGACCGUCAAUAUGCUUGUGAGUGCUAUUAGUAGCAAUUAUCUCUGGGACUACAUGACGAGGCACUUCCAAAACUGUCUCAGUUCUUUAAGUGAUCCAGCGGGGAAGGGUCAAUCUAAAGAGUGGAGUAGCUCUCCAUCAGUGACUGAACUCUCCACGCUCAUUAUCUUCCUGCUGGACGUUAUUCCUCUGGAGCUUUAUGCAGAGAUUCAAACGCAAUACCUGCCACAGAUGCUGGGCAGCAUGCUGCAGUCGCUGCAUAGUCACAUGACAUUCCUUAGCCUACAGGAGCUCACGCAGGGCAUGAGAGCGUGUUUUAAAGUGCUCAGUAAGAUCCAGAUGCCAGUUGCUUAUAUGGACAUGGAGACUGAAUCACAGACACUAGAUGUAGGACAAACACAGGUAACAGGGAACAGUAAAGUGAAGGAGAGUGACCAGGUGAAUGGUAACCAUGACAACAGCUCUGGUGAGGUCAAUCUGAAUGGACCAGAUACACAGGAGGUGGAGCCAGGUGAUUGUCCAUACCCUCCUUUGCGGUCUGAAGACAGUGGAUUAGGGCUGAGCGCCUCUCCAUCUGAACAGCACCUUCUACCAGGUGGUAACGGAUCAGAGGCUGCUGCUGCGGUGAACUCUGAAGCUGAGCAUAUUUGGAGAAAAGGAGGGACUGUAGAAAACAUGUCCAAAUGUGUACAGGACAUACUGGAAUCUCUGAUCACAAGGCACUUGUUGGAUAGAGUGGAUCCAGACAAAAAGAAAAAACAGGAAGAGGCAGAUCAGCUAGAACAGAAUGGUUCUCCUCGGGCCAGUAAGCGUUCUACACUCAAACGGAAAGGCAAUCGAGAUUUGGGUCUUAUCAAAGACAGGCUUGCCGAGUUUUUCAACCCUAGUAAGCUGCGGAUACAUGCCCUUCAUGGGUUUUCUGUUCGUAAAGACCACAAACCAGCAGAGUUGGAGUGGAUGGGAAGCUUCCAGUCGAAGGGUAAAGGGGAGAUAUCGGAGUCGUGCCGCCAGGCCUUUACUGUUGUCUGUCAACUUCUCCUGGAUUGUACAACUUUCCCUGUCUAUUUCACUGAGGAUGAGAGCCAAGAAUUGCACAUGUCUAUGUUCAACAAGACAGGACCUGAGACCCUUCCUGAGUGGCUGAGAUCUUUGUUGACUCUAUGUUGUCUGACGAAAGACUACCAGGUGCAACAUGUUGCAAUCUCCUCUCUGCUGGAGCUAAUCAAUCAUUCUCAGUCUUUAGCCCUCAUCAUUCAGGAUAAGAACCAACGUUAUAAGAACUCUGAUGCCAACCCACUCAGCGGACAGCUGCAAAUGGUCACCCUACCUUCCAUCUACCCAGCCGUUCUCAAAACUGUCGAGGAUUCCACAGACUUUUACCUGCGUUUAUCUCAGGUGCUAUGGGCUCAGUUAGAUACAGAGCGCAGAGAGCAUCACGUAUCUUGUGUGGAGCUCUUCUAUCGACUUCACUGCUUGGCUCCAUCGGCAUCCAUCUGUGAGGACAUCAUCUGCCUGGGUUUAUUCAAUGAGGACAAGGUUGUGUGUCUGGAGGCGCUCCACAGGUUCUCAGUUUUGUGGCAUCUGACACGAGAGAUCCAGACAAAUCGCAGCACCUCUCUCAACCGUUCCUUUGACAGAUCUUUGUUUGUGGUACUAGAUAGUUUGAACAAUCAGGAUGGUAGUGUCAGUGCCGCAGCACAGAACUGGUUGGUGCGGGCUCUCUCUCUCAGUGAUGUGGUCCGUAUUCUGGAACCAGUUCUGCUCUUACUGUUGGACCCGAGAACACAGAGAUCACCCAUACAGAGCGUCAAACAUAAUCUUUCUGUUGGUCAUUUCAAAGCACAUAGCUGCAGAGACAAAUCCAUCACAAAAAGUGCUGGUGAGGAAACAGAGGAAACCUUCAUCAGUCGCAUCACUGUAGUAGACCGUGAAUCAUUAUGGGCAGAGCUGGAGCGAGAUCCAGAACAAAUGGAAAUGCCCUCAGAUUCCCCAGCAUUGUCCAGGAGUGAGAGUGAGGAGACUGAGGGAGAGGACGAGGAAAGAGAGGAGGAAGAUGAGGAAACUGAACACACAGAAUCUGCAGACACCAGCAGUGCUCAGAACUCCACAGAAAACUCCAGCUCAAGCUCUGCCCCUUACUUGCGACAGCCUGAUGAUGGCAGCAUAGAGGAGGAGAGCGUAGCCAAUGGAAUUAAGAGGGUGGAUUCGGAACACACUCAGGUUUCUGAUUCGCUUUCGAGUGAUGAAGAUGAUGGGCAGUUGGAGGCAAUGGCGAAGUCUCGGAUGCUGAAGCGACAGCGGGAGAAACGGGAGGCAGUGGACUCACUGUUCAGACAUGUUCUUCUCUAUAAGCAGCAGUAUGAGAGCAGGCGCAUUCUCUACGCAUUCACUAUCUUAGAGACCAUAAUCCGGACAAGUGCAGGGCCAUUUGUGGAGACUCUCUCUAAUACUUCUCUAGACUGUAGCUCCACUGCCCAUCUCAACCUCAUCCAGAACCUUCUGCAGAGGCACCGUCAGGUUCAGGAAGGUGGCAGCUUCUAUGGGCGAUUGCAAACCUCAACUCCACCAAGUGCAGCCACUCCUGACCCAUCCCAUCAGGUCCUUUCUCCUCUCCAUUCACCACCUUCCCCUUCUUCUCCGCCAACUCUCCUGCUAGAGCUGCUCACCAGCCUCUGCCUGCGCUAUCUACGCUCUCACUAUCCCUCCUAUGUGAGUGUUCCCACUCGCCAACUCCAGGCCAAUCGGGAGGUGCAGGUGAAAAGUGUGGAAGUGUUGACCGAGUUGAUGAUCCAGUUGGUGAGGGUGGUCCAGCAGGCUCAAAUUGGGGAGGCAAGGGGCGGUGCUAGUCUUGAAGCAGUGUGCAACCUUCUUUGGGGCUACAAGGUGCAGCAAUAUGUUCUUCUUACACUCUCUGCCUCAAUGUAUGUCUGCCAGCGUGGUGAGCAACCUGACCAACACACAUUGCCCGAGGAAGACCAAGGAGAGGAUGGAGCAGAGCUCUCGGAAGAAAGUCUGGUCAACUUUGGUCGAGAUGGGACUUGGGCUGAACACCCACUCCAGAUUGCCCUACUGAAGCUUCUCAAGGUUCUUAUUGUAUUGGAGCACCAUGUGUGUCCACCUCACACCAAGGCACAUGAUGAUGAGCAUCAUCAUUCCAACCAACAGCGGUGCGCAGAGCCACCUUCCUCAGCCUUGGCUCGAGAGUGGCAAACAGCUGUGAUGUUCCAGCAAUCCAUCAAAGCAGUGCGUUACAUAGCCAGUCAGCCUAUCACUGCUCAGGGAAUGUUUGUGUCAGCAGCAGCUCGGGCUUUGCACCCACAGUAUGGCUGUGCCAUGCAUCCAGCCUGGGUGACUCUUCUGUGUGAAGUGCUGCCGUAUUUAGGGCGUUCACUGGCCAUCAUUGUUUCACCCAUUAUUGCCCAGAUCUGCAAGAACCUGGAUGAGCUUGUUAAACAGCACGAGUACGAUGGAGUCAAGGCCUCACACAAUGGUACCUUAAAGAGGGAGAACAUAGCACCCGAAUAUCCUCUGACCCUAUUGGAAGGACUGACCACAAUUACACACUACUGCCUUUUAGACAACAAGAAGGUAACUGCAGGCUGUGAUGUUCCAGACCUGCGAAAUGCGAGCAAUGCCAUUUUGGAGGAGUUCCCACACAUGAUUAGCAGCAUGGCCUUACUCUGGGGUGUGGUCAAGGGCUGUGACUCCACCCAUGGCAGCAGAGCCUCACCCACCUCAGUGUACUUUAAAGGCACAAAGAUCUUGAGGCAGAAAAUUCUCGAGUUCUUGAUGCCAUUGACUCAGCAGUUUGGGGUGCAGGUCAUGGCCUCUGUGGCCGCUGUAUGGAGUAGCAGGAGCGGCCGCAAAAGACGUUCCAGAAGCAAGAUUUUGCCUGAUGCUAGUGAUUCUCAAAUGACUUUAGUGGAUCUGGUGAAGGCACUAAACACACUUCGUGUGGACACUAUACUGCAGCUCAUUAGAGCGGUGGUGAAGAAACCCCAUCAGAUCAAAGGAGACCAGAGGACUACUUUAGUUGACAUUCCAAUGCUGCAGUUCAGCUAUGUCUACAUUCAGAGUCUGUCUGCUCAGGCUCUUCAGGAGAACAUCAAUCCUCUCCUCUGUCUGCUCAAAGAGUCUGUCCAGCUCAACCUCGCCCCACCUGGACACUUCUUGCUCCUCGGCAUCCUCGUUGACUGUGUAAACAGACUUCCCAACAUGGACAACAAGAGGGAUACCAGAGAACUGCAGGAAGUGAGCCAGCGCAUACUAGAGAAGGUGGGAUCUGUGGCCGGCUCGUCUCUUGAGCAAACUAGCUGGCUGAGUCGUAACCUGGAAGUGAAAGCUCAGCCUCAGGUCUGUCUACAGGGAGAUGAAGAUGACCAUGAUGGCAAUGACUUUGAUGAAUCUGCAGGUCAGGAAAGCACUAUGGUGUCAUCUUCAGCACCAUCUGUAUUCAGUGUACAAGCUCUGGCUCUGCUGGCUGAGGUUCUGGCACCUCUUUUGGACAUGGUGUAUCGCAGUGAUGAGAAGGAGAAAGCUGUGCCUCUCAUUUCCCGUCUUAUGUAUUACGUUUUUCCCUAUCUAAAAAAUCACAGUGCCUAUAACAUGCCUAGUUUCUGUGCGGGUGCCCAGUUGUUGAGCAGUCUAAGUGGAUAUGCAUACACUAAGCGAGCAUGGAAGAAAGAGGUGCUGGAACUCUUUAUGGACCCAAUGUUUUUCACAAUGGAGGCCUCGUGUACUUGCCAUUGGAGAUCCAUAAUAGACCAUCUACUGACUCAUGAGAAGACAAUGUUCAAAGACUUGAUGAGUAUGCAGAGCAGUUCUUUGAAGCUAUUCAACAGUGCUGAGCAGAAGCCCAUGUUACUGAAACGCCAGGCUUUUGCCAUGUUCAGUGGAGAGAAUGACCAGUACCACUUCUAUUUACCACUCAUACAAGAGCGUCUAACAGAGAACCUGCGUGUGGGACAGACCCCAGCAGUGUCAGCUCAGAUGUUCCUCAUGUUCCGGGUUCUUCUGUUGAGGAUCUCACCACAACAUCUUACCUCACUCUGGCCAAUCAUGGUGACUGAGCUGAUACGCAUUUUUAACUGCCUGGAAAAAACCCUGCUAGAUGAUAAAGAAGUUUCAAAGAGUAAAUUGCGGGGUGGCCACGACAAAAAUGGUAUUCUGUGCUUCCCGCAGGCAGAGCUGGACAUGUACUUGUCAGCCUGCAAGUUCCUGGACACUGCUGUGUCCUUCUCUCCUGAGCAAAUGCCUCUGUUUCAAAUGUAUCGCUGGGCUUUUAUUGCCGAGGUAGAUGUUGACCAUUAUGAUGGGCCUGGAAACACUUUGUUGGAAGGAGAACAAGAGUGUAAACCUCAUCUUGUCAGAAUACUGGAUGGAAUAAACCAUCGCUAUGGGGAGUUGAAUGGAAUGGAAGGAGUUGCAAGAGAGCCAAGCACAGACCGUGUUGAGUUCCCUCUGCUCACGCUCCGUUCCAUCAUCUCGAUUGUGGAUCUUGUGCCAUUCUUCAACACUCUCUGCUGCUCUUUUAAUGGCUCUUCUAGCCCCUCCACGCCCCUCUCACACACUGUCGCAGACUACCCACCAUCAAGCAGUGAAAGGGUCAUGAAACACCUAGAGCACAUCACUGAAGGAGAGUUCCUCGAUGGAAUGGACAGUUAGAUGAUCCAUAAAAAAAGAUGUCUUUGGAAACUCCAAAUCCUGAAAUGUUUCGCUCAGAUCAUGAAAUUGCUUUUGUAAUUUAUGUCAUUGGUUCAGGCUCGGCACCAAAGGGGGGGCAAGUUGGCCUAAUGUGCUUGGCUCACCCUGCUCGCCAGCCCCCAACUAAACGGCCCUUCCUGAGAACCCUAUGGCCACCAGGAUUAUAGCUUAUUUCUUAUAGUUAGUGCCGGGCCUACAUUGGUUUCUAUUUGAACACAAAAGUGCAAUCAGAUUUAAUUGUAGCAUGAUAGACUACAUAUUAAAUGCAUACAGGACCCUGUGAAUUUUCUUGCUAAGAUGUUAAUGCAUGUCAAGUCAAUGUUAUGACCUUUCUUAGUCUUACACAUGGUUAAUGUAUGUCAUCCUUGUAUAGUUUUAAUUGAGCAUUCCAUUCUGUGCAUUCCAUUACUUGGCUGAAUGACCCAAUUUAAACUUCAUUUUGGUUUCAACAGCAGUAACAGAUUAUGUGUUUGUUGCUUUGUCUACGAAGUUUGUCAUUUGUAUGUAGGGCUGUCCGUCAAUUCUUUCCUUAAAUUUUCUUGCCGUAUUUUGCCUCCAGUACCUGACCUCCUCCUGUUUUUUCCUAUAUGGCUCAUUGUUUUAUAAGAAAGUGCUGUUUAUCAAAAACUGUUUAUAGGACUUUCUCUUGCUUUCUUAUCUCAUCUUUUACUCCAUUUUCCUCACUUUAAAGGAAGUAAAGAGGUGAACUAUGAACUAUUUUUAUGUGAAUAUUGAAUGUCUCCUUCCUUUUACUUUGUGUAGAGUGGAUACUCUCUAUAUUUUUACAGCAAAGUAAUAGUAAUGUAUAUUUUAUUUCUGUACCUAAGGGAAUGUUUUUGAUUCAUGUUCGUGUUCUUCAUCCAUUCCAUUUGUCAAUUGUGGGACCUCAAUUAAGUCUUUAUGCUGUGGCUUUCAUUUUAGAAUCCACCUGAUCUGGCAAUUAUAGUUUGUUUCAAGUGUUACCACUAGUAUGCUACCUUUUCUAGGUACAUUUUUAGAACAGUAUGGUUGAAGUGCCUAAAAAUAAACAUUGGAGAAAUUCUAGUAAUGAAACAUCUUUCCUUGUUCUGUUGUUGUUAUAUGCAAUUGUGCCUCAGAAACAGGCAGUUAUGAAGCUUGUAGUUUGCUUUAAAGCCCCAUUAACUGCACUAAAAUGAGAUGUUAGUGAUUGAAGUGAUCUAAAAAUAAAAAAAUAAACUGCA